AUGACUUAAUAAAAAGAUCCUAAUUAAAGCGCUAUGCAAAUAAUGAAACCUUUUAUUUUUGCAGGAAUUGCUGGUUGCACAGCCACAAGUUUUACUAUGCCUAUAGAUUCAAUAAAAGUAAGAAUUUAACUAGCAAGUGAAGCUAUAGCUUAAGGAAAAGGUGAAGGAUAAUCUAUUAACCCAAUCAAAAUUUUAACUAAAUCAAUAAAAGAGGAAGGUCCUAAAGGAUUAUACAAAGGCCUAGAUGCAGCGCUUGUAAGAUAAGUUACUUAUGGAACAGUACGUAUGGGUCUUUAUAGAUAUUUAUCUGAUGUUUAGUAACAUAAAAAAAAUAGAAAUCUUUAUAUUUAUGAGAAAAUCAUUACUUCAUCUUUUGCAGGUAUAGUUGGUUGUAUGUUUGGAAACCCUGCUGAUGUUGCUUUAGUUAGAAUGUAAGGCGAUAAAUCUCUACCUAUUGAAUAAAGAAGAAAUUAUAAAAAUAUUUCCGAUGCUUUAAUUAGAAUCGUAAAGGAAGAAGGAAUUUUAACUUAUUGGAGAGGUUCCUUUCCCUCUAUUAUUAGAGCUAUUGCAAUGAAUGUUGGUAUGAUGACAACAUAUGAUGAAAUUAAAGAGAGAUUAAAUAGUUUAACAAAACAUAAAAAUUCUUUAUAUAUAUAAUUGGCAUCUUCUGCUUGUUCAGGAGUAGUAUGUGCAUUUUUAUCAUUACCUUUUGACAACGCAAAAACUAAAAUGUAAAGAAUGAAAGCUGGUCAAGAUGGAAAAUUACCCUAUAAUAAUGUUAUUGAUUGUAUAAAAAAAACUAUUGUAAACGAAGGUCCUACUAAACUUUGGGUUGGAUUUUCUACUUAUGUUAUGAGAGUAUCUCCGCAUGCUAUGAUUUCUUUAUUAGUUUAAGAAUUUUGUGCUCAUUAAUUUAAUAAAAAACCAACAACAUAAUGACAUUUAUACGAAAUAUUUUUUUUUAUAAAAUUUAAGAAAUAAAAUAUUAUAACAUUAUAACGAAAUUUUCGUUUUUAUUUAAGUGUUUAU